AUGUGGGCAGCAAAAGAACUUUUCCCCCUCCUCGCUCUUGUUGCACAAGUGCUAGGGGAGGGUCUCGAUGCCAAUAUCAAUUAUGGCAGCCCGUCCCGAAGGCAUUCCGGCCUUGGACUCGACAUCCCUCAAAUUCAGCGGCGAUUCGUGAAGAGGGAUGAUAAGGCGUACGAUCCUAAAGAGCUAAAUUUCACCCACGGUGUGGCGUCAGGCGAUCCUUAUCCGAACAGUGUUAUUCUGUGGACUCGCGUUGCCCCCUCCCUGAAAUCAGAUACGAGCGACGUGGUUGUCACCGGCAAUGUGCCAUACUAUAGCCAUGAUACCGAGACAUAUAUCAAGGCAUCGAAGAACCCAAUCUGCGUUGAGUACAAGGUGUAUUCGGAUAAGGAAGCUCGAAAGGUUGCCGACAAGGGUACGGCAUAUACGACUAGUGAUAUUGACUUUACACUUAAAGUUGAAGCGAAGAAUCUAAAACCAUUUUCGACAUAUUGGUAUCAAUUCAAUGUCUGCGGCACAGAUAUCCGGAGUCCUCUCGGUCGAACAAAGACGAGCCCGAACGCAAACGACAAUGGCAAAGACAUCUCGCUGGCCGUAUUUUCAUGCGCCAACUUCUCGAAUGGAUACUUCAAUGCGUACGGCAACGUGGCAAGGAAGGACAAUGUCGACUAUGUUGUCCAUCUCGGAGAUUACAUCUAUGAAAUUGGUCGCGGUGAGUUGGGGAAGGAUGAACGGGCGACCGAUCCGCCACACGAUAUCUUCACCUUGUACGACUAUCGGACACGAAUUGGUCAGCAUCGUUUGGAUCUCGAUCUUCGGGCCACCCACGAAAAGUUCGCUUGGAUCCCGGUGUGGGACGAUCAUGAGGUUGCAAACAACGCCUACAGGGAUGGCAUGUCUGCGCUCAACAACACAGAAGAGUCAUUCCUCAAUGACGGUCCUGGUAUCAGCGUUGACCAGCGCAAGGUGAAUGCCGUAAGAGCGUACUUUGAGUGGAUGCCCAUUCGACAAGUGGAAAUGGAUGACAAUCUCCGUAUUUGGAGAUCUUUCCAGCUUGGGAAAACCUUGGACCUAAUUAUGCUGGACACUCGUAAUUACGAUCGCAGCAUCGUGGACCUUGGCUGGAAUGAUAAUUAUAUCCAGCUUCUUAAAGGCCAUGCCGCACGCACGUUGAUGGGCUCUCGUCAAGAGAAUUGGUUCUAUAAUCAGUUGUCUCAGUCCCAGAAGCGAGGAGCAACCUGGCGAGUGAUUGGGAACCAGAUCCUUUUCUCUCGAAACCAACGCAUAGUAAAGGGAAAGCCUACGAUCGCUACAGGCAACUGGAAUGGAUACACUGCCAAUCGGGAUCGGGUUUACAAGCAUUUGUAUGACAAUAAUAUUGGGAACAAUAUCAUGUUGGCAGGCGAUUCUCACAAGAACUGGGUCAGCGACCUCGCCUGGGUUGAGCAGCGUCCAUAUGACUCAGCCACAGGAGAGGGGGCAGUUGGCGUCGAAUUCGCCGGGACAGCGGUGACCAGCAACCCGGGCGGGUUUGGCGACACCAUUGCCAGUGCCGAAAGCAUGGCCACAGAAUUUGGGACGAACAACGCGGAGCUCCAGUGGGUCGAGGGAUACUAUCGCGGAUACUACGAGCUCCAUGUCUCGCCCAAGCAGGUGCAAGCGAAGUUCUAUGGAAGCCCAUCGGUUGCCACUCGAAACGCUUGGGAGAUUCCGUUGGCCAAUUUCACCGUCAAGGCGGGCGCUAACCGCUUAAGCCGUCCGUUGGCCGACGGCAGAGUUGAGUCGGGAUUUUUGAAGGAUGGCGCGGUUACUCAUUCCAACCUGACCCUUAACACCGAAACCGGCGAGUGGAAGGUGAUCGGCUUCGAAAAGAGGUUCAUAUGA